AUGAAGAGCCUUGUGUUUCUAUUUUUGCUCUUCAUAACAUUUUCUUCUGCGUUUCCAACAGACCAAGGGAUGGAUAAUGAAGAUACCAUGCAGCUGGCUCAGGCAUAUCUCAACCAGUUCUACUCUCUUGAAAUAGAAGGGAGUCAUCUCCUUCAGAGCAAGAACAGGAGUCUCACAGCUGGCAAAAUUCGAGGAAUGCAAGCAUUUUUUGGAUUAACAGUGACUGGAAAACUGGACUCAAACACUCUUGAGAUCAUGAAGAAACCCAGGUGUGGGGUGCCUGAUGUUGGUCAGUAUGGCUACACUCUCCCUGGGUGGAGAAAAUACAACCUCACUUACAGAAUAAUGAACUAUACUCCAGAUAUGUCACGAGCUGAUGUGGAUGAAGCUAUCCAAAAAGCGUUAGAAGUAUGGAGCAUGGUGACCCCACUAAUAUUUACCAAGAUUUCCAAAGGGAUUGCAGACAUCAUGAUUGCUUUUAGGACCAAAGUCCAUGGGUGGUGCCCUCGUUAUUUUGAUGGUCCUUUAGGAGUCCUUGGUCAUGCCUUUCCUCCUGGUCCGGGUCUGGGUGGAGACACUCACUUCGAUGAGGAUGAAAAUUGGACCAAGGAUGGAGAAGGACUCAGCUUGUUUCUCGUGGCUGCUCAUGAAUUUGGUCAUUCACUAGGGCUUUCUCACUCCAAUGAUCAAAAAGCAUUGAUGUUCCCAAAUUAUGUCUCCCUGGAUCCUAAGAAGUACCCACUUUCUCAGGACGAUAUCAGUGGAAUUCAGUCCAUCUAUGGAGGUUUACCUAAGGCAUCUGCGAAGCCAAAGGAAACCACAAUGUCCCAUGCCUGUGAUCCUGAUUUGACUUUUGAUGCUGUCUCCACUUUCCGCAGAGAAAUAAUGUUCUUUAAAGGCAGGUAUGUAUGGAGGAUUUAUUAUGAUAUCGCCAACAUUGAAUUUGAAUUAAUUGCUUCAUUCUGGCCAUCUCUGCCAGUGGAUAUUCAAGCUGCAUAUGAGAACCCCAAAGAUAAGAUUCUGAUUUUUAAAGAUGACAAUUUCUGGGUGAUCAGAGGAUAUGCCAUUUUGCCAGAUUAUCCCAAAUCCAUCUAUACAUUUGGCUUUCCAAGACGUGUGAAGAAAAUUGAUGCAGCUAUCUGUGACCAAAACACAAGAAAAACCUACUUUUUUGUGGGUUUCUGGUGCUGGAGGUAUGAUGAGAUGACCCAAACCAUGGACAAAGGGUACCCACAGAGGGUUGUAAAACACUUUCCGGGAAUUAGUCUCCGAGUUGAUGCUGCUUGGCAAUAUAAAGGAUUCUUCUAUUUCUCCCGUGGAUCAAAGCAAUUUGAAUAUGACCCUAAGGCAAAGAAUAUUACCCGAAUGAUGAAAACCAAUACUUGGUUUCAAUGUAAAAAGCCAUUAAACUCAUCAUCUGAUUUUAGUUUCAACAAGGAAAGAGUGUAUUCAGGCGGCAUGAAGAUGUCGCAUCCUAAAAGUUUAAACUUGUUUAUUUUCACUAUUGUUCAAAUACUGAACAAAAUAUAA